AUGCGCUUUCUGUUGCUGUUCAGUCGACAGGGGAAGCUGCGACUGCAGAAAUGGUUCACGCCAUUAACAGACCGGGAGAAAAAGAAGGUGAUCCGGGACAUGAUGAUGCUAGUGUUGGCUCGUCCGCCACGUUCCUGCAACUUUCUCCAAUGGAGGGACCUCAAGAUAGUUUACAAGAGGUAUGCCAGCCUGUACUUCUGUGCUGGUCUGGAGGACAAGGAUAAUGAGCUGCUUGCCCUCGAGGUGCUGCACAGAUAUGUUGAGUUGCUGGAUAAAUACUUUGGAAACGUGUGUGAGCUGGACAUCAUUUUCAACUUCGAGAAGGCUUACUUCAUCCUGGAUGAGUUCCUCAUGGGAGGAGAGAUCUUAGAAACCUCCAAACUGGCCGUGGGUGUGUCUUUGGAGGAGGCCGACACACUCCAAGAGACGCUGGAAGAAUACAUGAGCAAACCUGCCUACUGAGCCAAGAGAGGACGGCGUAUGGUUCACAUUUGAAAGCAUAAAGCGAGAUGUUUAUCGCUUGGCAGUAAAGACUCUUUCAGGGUAGUGCUGUGGCCAUACAACAACCACAAACCUGGUGAUAUUUUGACUCAGGUGUGAAGAAUAGUAAUGAUGUUUGCAUCUGUAAGUGCCUUUGAAACCUCAUAUUUAUUAAUCUCAGGGUUUCCUGACAGGAGAAGUGAGUGAAAUGAGCCAAUAUCACCUUUUUCACUUAGUAUUAGUUGUUUUGUGACUUUA